AUGGCGUGGCACUGCCCAGACUUGUGUUUGAGCUGGGUUGUUCGGGUUGUUCUUAUUGAGAAAAGUUUUGUUCGUGGUAGUGUUAAUAUGGGUCGGCAUUAUCAACGAUAUGUUUUUGCUGAUCAAUUGGGUGAUCGAGUUCAAGCUAUUGCAUAUUUUGCUGAUCUGAAUGUCCUGGAUGAGAUUUUGCAACUGUUUUCAACGUAUUAUAUUGGAAAUGGGAUUGUUCGUCGGUUAAUGGAUGAUUCAAUAAUGCUUGGUUCCGUUUCGUUUGAAGUAACACUGACACAACAUACUUUAAUCGAGCGGGUUCAUGGUUUAGUUCAAUUGCCAACUGAUAAUCUUUAUAAUUUUACUCGGUUCGGACAUCUGCAGUCACUGAGGCAUUCUCGUGAUGCUAUAAUUACCAUUCUUGGUGUCGUGAUCAAGGUGUUUCCAUUGCAUGUUUUUCUUUUCGGAAGCAGAUAUAUGCGAGUUCAGGAGUUUUUGUUGAUGAAUGAAGAAAUGAUGCCAGUGGUAUUUGCGAUUUGGGAAGAAUUUGUUGAUACGGAUGGAGCACAUCUUGCGCAGAUCGCACAUGAGCAUCCUAUUGUACUGAUUUGCAGGCCUAAAAUUAGCCAUUUUCAUGGUCUUUCUUUGGCUACAGAAAGGAGAACUAUUAUUAUGUAUGAUGUUGCCAUUCGUGAGGCUGAUGAGUUGAGAAGCUGGUAUGAGGGACUCGCAGGGGAUGGACCAAAUUGA